AUGUAUAUUUUACUCCUCGGCAUUAUCACAAAUACAUUCGCAUCCAUUGUGACACAACAAAACAGUAGCGAAGUGCUGGAACAAAUAGCGUUUUACCUGUUGAAUAUAUCCAGUUCUUAUGAUAUAAACUCAACGAAUGUGGAAUGGAAUAUGCUGAAAUAUCUUAUGCAUCCAAAAGCAAAUGAAGAAUCGGAAAACUGUAUCUAUCUGCCAGCUUUAAUCGGCUUGCUGUCGGCGCUUUUAACAUAA